AAAAUGGCUACCUAUCACUCACUAAAAUCCUCAGUCAUAUUCAUCUGUGAGUACGACCUCGUACUUGCAAUCCUCAACUGCCUAGUAUUUGUUGUUCUGGUUUUUGUAGUUCCGUCGUAUUUUACGCUGGCGGUGUUGUUAAGAGCGGUGGUCUUGGCAUUGCCGAAAGCUGCAGCAGGAGUAGUGCUGUGGAGGAAGAAUUAUGAUGAGGUGUGGAAGAAAUCGAAGUUUGGAGUCAAUGCGAUCUUUCUUGGGGUGCAGGCGGUUUUGGAUGUUGGAAUUAGUACUUGGGGCUGGUAUGAACCGGAUGAUAAAAAGUUAAAAGCUGGCCUGUCAAUUGGGUUGUUUUUAUGUUUUGUGUUCUUGUGGCUCGUUGAUCUUAUAUUUUUGAAGGUUUUGUACCGCUUUGCAAAGACAGAGAAUGAAGCUCCAAAGAGGGUGGAUGUUGUGAAAGUGAUAGUAAAAGAGAUGGAAAAAGUUAGACUUUUUGAAGAAAAGGAGGAGAAAAUCAAAAAGGAUAAGGAAGCAAGAGAAUGGAGAGAUAGAGGUGAAUUUGACAAUAUUGAUAUUAAAUCAAAUCAAUCUAAUGAGAAUGGAAGAGUCGAACGCCAAAGCACUGGUAAAAAGAUGAUUGAUCAAGAGCAGCCUGAAAUAAUUCAACAUUCCUCCGAGAGGAACAUUAAGCCAAAAAAUAAGUAGCUAA